ACGUCCCGCCCCUUGGGCGAGGCGGCAGCACCUGAGCUAGGGGAAGAGACGGGCGCGCGCACUCGGGAGUCGGACGUGAGCGAAUCAACAGGGGAGGGGGAGCCCGGCGCGAGCGAAUCAGCCCGGCCCUGCGUCGGUUGGGAGAGGCGGGCAUGGAGCCCCGGGGCCCCCAGCCGGCUCUGCUGACCCUGCUGUGGCUCCUGGGCGGCCCGUGGCUCGCAGGCCCUGCUCAUGGGAUGCAAGUUACUGUGCUGAACCCCUUCAACGUGGUGAUCCUCUUCCAGCCCGUUACCUUGCAGUGCAACUACCAGACCUCAGCCACCCAGCCACCCAUUGUCACCUGGAAGUAUAAGUCCUAUUGCCGGAGCCGCCUGGCAGAUGCCUUCAACCCCAGCAGUCAGGAGAACCAGAUCAACAGCCAGUUGCAGCAGAACAACCCCGGUUACAACCCGUAUGUGGAGUGCCAGGACACCACGCGCACAGUUCGGGUGGUGGCUACCAAGCAGGGCAAUGCUGUGACACUGGGGGACUUCUAUCAGGGACGUCGGAUCACCAUCACCAACAAUGCUGACCUGAGCAUUGACCAGACAGCCUGGGGCGACAGCGGGGUGUACUACUGUACGGUCACCUCUUCCCAGGAUCUGCAGGGCAACAAUGAGGCCUACGCUGAGCUCAUUGUGCUGGGCAAGUCAUCUGUGGUCUCGGAGCUUUUGCCAGGCUUUCAGAUAGGGCACAUGGAAGACUGGCUCUUUGUUGUCCUGGUAGUGCUGGGAUUCCUCCUCCUCCUCCUCCUCUUCGGCAUCUGCUGGUGCCAGUGCUGCCCCCAUACCUGCUGCUGCUACGUCCGGUGCCCCUGCUGUCCUGAGAAGUGCUGCUGCCCAGAAGCUGUCUAUGCUGCUGGAAAAGCUGCCACCGCUGGCGUCCCCAGUAUUUAUGCUCCGAGCAUCGGCGCCCCCAGUAUCUACUCCCACCCGAACCCUGUGAAGCUAGGUCCCCCUGCCACCAUGAUUCCCAUGGGACCCAUGUCACCCAUGUACAACGGCUAUGGGGCAGACUACGACCGAGCCAGCUCGGUUGGUGGGAACAGCUCCCAGGUGCCCCUGCUUCGGGAUACGGAUAGUGGCGGGAACUCAGCAGUGCGCAGUGGAUAUCGGAUCCAGGCUAACCAGCAGGAUGACUCCAUGCGGGUCCUUUACUACAUGGAGAAGGAGCUGGCCAAUUUUGACCCCACGCGGCCGGGUCAGGCCAAUGGCAAGCUGGAGAAGUGUGAUGCCAAGAACUCCCUGCAGCACAACACCCCCAGGUACCAUGCUGGGGCACUGGGACCAACCCUGUCAGGGGAGAACCUUGCCAUCCUGCUCCUGCAGCAUAGUGCCCCACCAUCAUACUGGAGCACUGGGGCCAGCCCUGAUUCUGGCAGCCGUGAGGACCUGGAUGGGGACAGUGGGUCCAGCGGGCGAUCAGGAAACAGGAGGCAUCGGAAUGAAGAUGGCUUCCCGCCACCACCUCCCCCUUACACGGAGACAGAGUCGGUCUCCUCCCGGGGCAAGAACGACCGCAAGCUCCGACGGAACCAGGACCUCAGCAGAGAGAGCUUGGUGGUUUAAAUGAUCACUGUACAGAAGCACCACCCACACAGGAGAUGGAAGCCAUGGAUCUCAGAUGCUGACAUCUCUGUCCUUAGAGGGCAUGCAGGACACUGGCUGGCUGCACCGAGGCUCAGCAAAACAGUUGGGGUCUUGUCUGCUUGAUGCUUUUAUGAUGAAUAAGAUCAACGUGUUGCCUGAGUUCUCAAGUCAGGCGAGGGACGGGCUCCUGAUUGGCACGGAAAAGCAGGGCCUGACUGGGGGAAUCUGGAGUCCUCCGGGCCGAGGGGGAGUCUCCAUUUUAGCCUUAAUUUUUGAGUUGAAAUAUGCGGGCCAGAUCUUCAACUGGUAUAAAGUGAUCUGUUGCGCCAUCUGAGGGACACCAGCUGAGCAGCUGGCCUAUUAUUUGGGCUCUUAAUUUCCAGCAUGUCCAUAGAAAUGCGAACGUUGUUUACCUGAUAUCUUUGAAUAUUUUGAAAUGUUUAAGGCUAACUUUUUUCAAAGCUGUCUUAAAAUGUGUUUUUUAGCAGAGUUGUGAAUCCCAGGUGCUGUACAUACUUUUGCAAAAAGCUGGGCCAGUUUUUUAUCGGUAUGUUUUUGAGAUUUUUUCUGAUUCUUGUAGAAAAUAAAAAAAAAUCACCCUAAAA